AUGCAGUUCUCCUACCUCGUCUCCGCUUUUGCAUCCAUCGUCAUACUCGCCGCUACGGCGAAAGCUCAGGACAUACCGUCCGAUCCAUUCGUCGCCUGUAUAGAUCUCAAAGAAGGCGACGCAUGCAUGUACAAUUUGUGUCCUCCGAACGAGCAAGUAACCUGUCAGGCGAUUGAAGAUGGAUUCUGCAAGUACAAUGACAUCGGUAUCUUGUACUGUGACCCUGCGAUCGAUGUUUAA